ACCUUAUUGUGGAGGAUAUUUGUUUUAUUGGUUUGAGUUUUGUUAAUUUUUCUGUUUCUCAUGUUAAAAGGGGAGGGAACACGGUUGCUCAUUGGGUUGCUAGAUUAAACCCCGAUAAUGGGGUGGAACAAGUAUAUUAUGUGGAUGUCCCGCAAGGUGUUUUAACCUUAGCGGAGCUUGAUUUGUCUUAAUAAAUGUGGCUCCUUUUCCCCUAAAAAAAAUUUGAGCAACGUUUUCGCGGGAGCAACUCAGGAAGUCAACAAUGUCGCUUCACUCAGCAUUCAGAGAAAGGCUUCGAGAUAUGGAGAACACUCGCAAUCUGAGACUCUCUCUCCUCCAGGACGAAAAAGAUCUACAAAGGAGUAAAUCUCUUUUAUUAUCAGCUAAACAUGCCAAAAUCCGAUUAUUGGAGCAGAAAUGCUUGAUUUUAGAUCGCAAAUUUGCAUCCGACAACUUCAAAAUAUCUUCUCUCAAAUGUGAAAUUGAAUUCCUCGAUCGGAAAUAUGAAACCUGCGCUCAACAAUUAAGGGAUUUGAAAGUUAAGGUAGAGGAGCUUGAGGAAUUGACAACGGAGAGAGAAAAAUUUUACGCUGUUAAAUGCUCUGAAAUGUGCGAUUUUAAGACUGAGAUUCAGAAGUCUGUUGAAGAAAUCAGUAACAGAAUCAAUGAAUUGAGCUCAAUCUAUGCCACUUAGGACUUCAAGAGAGGAACCGCAAGGAAUUAAACCAUGACAUAGAAGCUGCUGAGAUGAGAAAAUCAGAACUUUUGCUUUGAAGCAAAAGGUGAACAGUAGCCUGGAAUCUAAUAAAGAAUUGAGAGCAGAGUUGCAAGAGCAGCUUCAGAGUUUGAGGUGAUAGAUAAAAGUAGACUCUCAUGUGCAUACCAGAGAAGAAAGAAGUAAGUGUUACCAUAGAGAGACACCAUAGUCCAUUUCCUACAAUCAAUGAAUCUUGUUCAGCAUAAAUACUGUUAGAUGUUCUUGAUUAAGGGGGGUGUUCUAUAGAAAUGUAAUCUCCUGUAAGUUCUCGGUAAGUGAGUUUCUUGAGAAAAAAGAAAAGAAAGAAGAGUUGCCUGAUAGAACUGAAAUUAUCAAAUCUCAACGCGGCAAUAAGAGUACUUAUUAUGCA